GGUAUGAGUUAAAGACUCCACAGUUCUGUUAUGAAGCAAGCAAGAAUAAUGAGCUACUAAAGAGUAAAGACGAAUGGCAGAAUCUUCUUGACUAUCGACAAUCAUUAAUGAAGUCCUCCAAACUCUUUGAAGAGUCUUUACAUUAAAACCUACAACAAAUUGAAACAUACAAUCAUUUAUGUUAUCCCAUAGUUAAAUAGUUAUUAUAUUCUGUGCUAUAGUAGUACAGUAGAUCAAGCAAUAAUUAUACAAGAGUGGUGAUGUGCACUGUACGGUAUUACAAUAUUAAUGAUAUUAUUAUAAUAAUAUCAAUAAUAUGAAGGUCUUAUUGAAUAUUUAAUAGUGCCCCUCUAGGAGUUUUGCAUUGUCUCUUUGGUCAUAAAACAAAAGCCUACUACUGUGUAGAACAUAUACGCAACUUCUUGGGGGAGUAUACCAUUAUGUUUAACGAGGCAGACAAUUCAAUUAAGAUAUUUAUUUAAUUUAACUGCCCCCUUUGAGUACACACCCCGUCAAAUAUACAUCCUCACCAGAAUGCCAUUUCCACCAGAAUGCCCAUUCCAGUAAGGGGAAUAUGCAUUUAUUUGGGUAUAUUGUAUACAUCCAUUUUAAUCUUUGAAUAAUUAUCUCCCUUUAAUAAACAACCCUCAAAUCCCCCUGAACAAUUUUAUGGUGAGAAAUGAAGAAGAAAUGUGGUAGGGCCUAGCUAUUGUCUUGAAAUGUCUGCCCAAUAUGAUUGUUAUUAUUAUUUUUGUACUACUAUUUUUAUUAGUAUUAAUAUUAAUAAUAUUUAUUAUUAUCCUUUAUCGUCAUUGUUUUUGUGUUCCUUGUGUAUAGCACAUAGUGUACCCUGUGUCUUUUCCAGAAAAUAUAAAUAAAAGAAGAGACGUUUAUAUUAA